CAUUUCCUCUCGAAAGAAAAUAAAAGAGAUGUGGUUUCGAUAUCCGGCAUGACUGAUAACAAAUAAAUGGCGCUCUUUUUACUUUCUAUACGACAAUUCUCUUCCAUUCACUUAAGAGCUUUCAGAAAUGGCACUUCGCAUUAAAAUGCGUCCACCGAUAUAUGCCAUCAUUGUAUUAUUUAUGAUAGAAAACUUGAUGCGAAGCGCAGUCGCCAAUGAUCAUCUUUGCGGGAAGGAAACCUGUGCGCAGUGUAUAGCAGAGAGUCCGUUGUGCGCAUGGUGUUCACAAGAAGGUUACUCAAAAUCUGGAGCCAGAAGAUGUGAUAUCUUAGAAAAUCUGAAGAAGAAAUGUAAUCCUGAUAGUAUAUUUUUACCGAAGGAAACAAUAGAUAUUAUCACGGAUAUGAGUUUGAGUGAUAAAGGAGCAAAAGAAAGCGAAGCUAUACAGAUAAAGCCGCAAGAAAUAACAAUAAAACUCAGACCAAAUUCUGCACAGAAAUUUAAGUUAGAAUUUCGUCAGGCAGUGGAUUAUCCGGUAGAUUUGUACUACUUGAUGGAUCUCUCCAACUCGAUGGCAGACGACAAAGAAAAACUGGCUGAGCUGGGAAAUAAAUUGGCACGCGAAAUGGAAACAAUUACAACAAAUUUCAGACUUGGGUUCGGAUCAUUUGUUGACAAAACUGUUGCACCAUUCGUCAAUUCUCACCCUGAUAAAUUGAAAGAGCCUUGUACAGGAUGUGCAGCUCCCUAUGGUUUUAAAAACAAUAUGCCUCUGAGUUCCAAGACGCGUGAGUUUGCCAAAAACGUGCAUCAAGCUCCCGUAUCUGGAAAUCUUGAUGCACCAGAAGGAGGGUUGGAUGCUCUGAUGCAAGCAAUAGUUUGCGAAAAAGAAAUUGGAUGGAGACACAAAUCAAGAAAACUGCUUGUAUUUUCCACUGACAAUUCAUUCCACUAUGCAGGAGAUGGAAAACUUGGCGGAGUAGUAGCUCCAAAUGAUGAACAGUGCCACUUGGAUAAACGAGGUUAUUACACUAUGAGCUCUGAGCUGGACUAUCCUUCCUUAGGCCAGAUCAACAGACAAAUUCGUGAUCACAAAAUCAAUAUGAUUUUUGCAGUCACUAGUGACCAGGUCGAGCUUUACGAGACUCUCAGCAAACAACUUACUGGCUCUAGCACAGGUAGGCUGGAUAAGGAUUCAGCAAAUAUUGUAGACCUCGUCAGAAAACAAUACGAUAAAAUCACUUCAGCAGUUGAAAUAGCUGACGACGUUGGUGACAACAACAUUCGAAUAUCUUAUUAUUCCAGCUGCCUAGGUGAGAAAAUGGAAAAAACGAGUAUCUGUAAAGGAUUGAAAGUUGGGACAAAUAUAACUUUUGAAGUGAAUCUGGAAUUUUCCUUCUGUCCAGAAGAUCCAAAAGAUUGGAAUCGGACAUUUCACAUAUUCCCGGUUGGACUUCAGGAUUAUUUGACAGUCAAUUUGGAAAUGUUGUGCGAAUGUGACUGUGAAAAGCCUUGGAAUGAGGAGAAGUUCAGCCCGAAAUGUAGCGAUGGCAACGGAACCUUCGAAUGUGGUGUUUGUAAUUGCAACAAAGGUAGAUAUGGCAAGGAAUGUGAAUGUGAUGCAACAGAUGUUGAUCCCUUCUCAGCUGUGAAAUCAUGCUACAAUGGAGAUGACACAGUGCCCUGUUCGGGUCAAGGAUCCUGUCGCUGUGGUAGAUGUUAUUGUCACCCUCGCCCGAAUCCGGAAGAAAAGCUUUAUGGAGAUUAUUGUGAAUGCAACAAUUUCAAUUGUGACAAAAGAAACGGUAAAGUAUGCAACGGUCCUGAUCAUGGCGUUUGUGACUGUGGCUCCUGUAAAUGUAAGAAGGGGUGGACAGGACAUGAUUGCAGUUGCAAAGAUGGGACAGAUAGCUGUAAAGGCCUAAACGGAGAAGUUUGUAGUGGACAUGGAGUAUGUGAUUGUGGAACUUGCAUUUGCAACAGCACAGAACAGGACUAUUUUGGAACAUUUUGUGAUGAUUGCUCAACUUGUCCAGGAAUGUGCGAUGAGUUGAAGGAAUGUGUCGAAUGUUUUAUGGAGGAACAGAAAGGAUUGAAAUAUAACUGCAGCAUAUGUGGAUCAGUCACUCAAUUAUUACCUGUCAAAUCUAUUGAAGUUCGAGAAAAGGAGAAAAAGUGUACAUUCGAAGAUGAAGAGCGUUGUGUAUUCUCCUUCAAAUAUAAAUUUGAUGAAGAAAAGCAAUUACUUGUCUGGGUUCAGAUGAAAAAAGAGUGUCCAGUCCCAGUGGCCAUCGUUGCCAUUGUUUCUGGUGUAGUUGGAGGAGUCGUGGCCACGGGUCUAUUCUUACUAAUGUUGUGGAAAGCCCUAACGGUGGUAUAUGACAGACGAGAAUUGGCCAAGUUUGAAAAGGAACUUAAAAUGGCAAAAUGGAACCAACAUACAAAUCCACUGUACAAGGAAGUGGAAACCACCUACCAGAAUCCAGCCUACGGUGGAGGAGCACAAUUUCAUUUAACAGAACUUCAUUAGAAAGAUGCAGAAUGAUCGGAUUUGUUGUGUCUUGUUUAAUACAGAAGCAAACAGUGCCUGACAUUUUUUUUAAGUUUAUAGCUUGGCGUAAAGAAAAGGAUUGCUGACUUUUACUGAUUAGAAAUCAAUAUUUAUUUCUCAGACUUUGUUCUGAAUCUACUUAAGAACGUCUAAAAAAAAUAGUGCUUUGCUUAUUAUAGUACUCUACCAUAAACUUCGAAGAAAUUAAUUUAUUUGUAAGUUCACGGAACAAAGAAUAGUUAAACUUAAAAAAAUAACAUUGAAAAAAGUUUCAUUGAGUACUGCAUAAUCACUCUUGGGCUUGAUAAUCACCUGGAUUCGGGUAAGAAGUGAAUUUACAAGGUUUAGCCUGUUCUGUCGCAUCCAGUUUAGGUCACUCACGGAGAAUUUGAUCUCACAAAUAUAGCAAUCUGUGGGGAUUAGUCAAUACCUCCUAGAAGGUAUUGGAUUAGUGCGUUGCCCCACCUAUUUUCUCGGCGUUCAGUUCCAGUGAUUUCGCCUGCCAAUCAAGAUGUUAUAGGAUGUAAAUGCUCAUGAAACUGGUUUCCUACUCUUUUACCCUAAUCAAAAUUGCUGUUGAUUCUUGAAAAAUACGGGUGGCAACAGUAAAAUGCUCACUAAACUGCUUUUGCCCUAAAUGCUAAAAUACACUUAUGUAUAAAAUACACUAAAAUGAGAAUAAGAAAAUAAACAAAAAUAUCACUGUCUCACCUCAUGAUUUAUCUAGAAGUGACUAUAUUUUUGUACGGCUGGUUCAUUAUGUGAAAGUAAUUUUUAUCUCACCUUUUAUGUAAGGUUCAAAGAGUAAGUGUUAAAUUCGACCUGAGACUUUCACUCGCUAGCUAUAUAGCUACAAUUAAAGUUUUCGUGUUUUAACUACAUAACUUGAUGAUUCUUACAGUUGUUAAGACAAUUUUUUUUUCUUCAAAAAAGUGAAAUUAAAAAAAAUGAGUUGAGAAAAUUUUUUUAUACUGCAAAUAACAAGUGAUUAGCCUGCUUUAAAAUAAUAAUAAUCAACAGAAAAAAAAACGAAGCUCCUUUGUAUUUUUGUUGCCGCCUUCUUCAUUUUUUAACUGUACAUCUCUUUCAAACGACUGAAAUAUCUUUUAGAAGAGUUUUACAAUUUCUGUCAUUCUUGUUUCUUAAAAAUUAGAUAUAAGAAAUACUUUCAAGAAUUAAAACUCAUGUUGAUACUGU